AUGGCAGACACCACUCCACCACCGCCCGUCUUCAAAAAGCGCGCCAAGACUGCCAACAUUCGCAAACGACCCGCGACGCCUCCGCCCGAAGACGACCUCUCAGAGGACUCCGACUACACUGACGAUGAGCAGGGCGCACGAAUCAAGCGUCGCAAAAAGGAAGGGGUCAACAUCACCGCAGAAGCUGCCACGCGAGACGUCGUCACGAGCAAAUACACCGCUUUCCAAGCAGAUCGCUCCACCACCUUUUCCGCCAACGACGAUGCCACCAAGGCCUCCAACUGGUACACAGAUGCCGCUCUGGCUGCGAAAGAUGGCUCGAACUCAAAGCCUGCCACUGAAACUGUAGUGCCUGAAGCUACCGAUGGCACAUAUCAAGGCACAGCAAAGUACUCCACAUUCAUCCAAAAGAAUCCCGAAAAGAAGCAGUUGGGACCGCAGAAAGCUCCCACCAAUGUGCGCGCCAUCACCGUUACGGACUUCGCCCCAGACGUGUGCAAGGACUAUAAGCAAACAGGAUUCUGCGGUUUUGGGGAUAGCUGCAAGUUCUUGCACGCUCGAGAAGACUACAAGCAAGGCUGGCAGCUUGACAAAGAGUGGGAAAAGGCUGGCAAGAAGGACAAGAAACCCGGUGCUGGAACAGAUCCAAAUACGGAAGGCAUGGACGACGAAGAAAAGAUGCUCAUGGAGAUUCCUUUUGCUUGCAUUAUCUGCAAGGAAAGUUACAAGAAUCCUGUCGUGACGAAGUGUGGCCACUACUUUUGCGAAAAGUGCGCCAUGACGAGGUACAUGAAGCAUAAGAAGAAACAAUGCGCCAACUGCGGAUCGGACACGCAAGGGAGCUUUGGUGUGGCGAAGAAGUUGAAGGAUCUGCUGGCCAAGAAGAAACUACGCGAGCAGGAGAGGGCGGAAAAGGAGGUCAAUGAAGCUGGUGGUGACUGA